AUGACCAAGUGUGAAUGGGAAAAUUUCCAAAAUUUAACCCCUGAUUGGUGGAUAUCCCAGGUCCUUUUCUUUUCUGAUCACAUGCAGUCCCUCCUGUUGCGUCUCUUUGAGUCCGACUUUUUCAACACAUGGAUUGCAGUUUCUUAUCUGUACAAAUACCUGGAUCCAGGCAUCCAAGAGUACCUUUGCAAAAGGCUUAGCGAGCAACCGAUAUCUGAAAUUUCGUUUUUACUCCCGCAACUAUGGUUUGUCUUGCCCUUGCUGAUUGUGCUAUGGCUACUGGAAUCAUAUGAAGCCGACUUUGCAGAAAAAAAGAUUGCCACCUAUAUCGGCAGGAUUUCCAAGCUAAAGGCGCGAUUCCACUCCUCACUUUUGCAGAACGACACCGAAUCGCUCGCCCUUACUCCUUUGCCGCCAAUAGGCGCGUCAUGUCCACUUAAAAUCUCGCCCUAUUCGAUCAAAUCAGUUUUUGUUGGCAUGGGAGCGAUAGCUGCGUCCAUAGUCUCUCCGCAAGGCCUAGAGGAGAUUCGGCGGUUUUCUCUGCAACAAGGCCUUUCGACACUUUUUAAGGUAGAUGGCGGGUCUCCAGAUCGAGCACAAGGGCAUACAAAUCUCACUCAAAAAUCUAUGGCUACCAUUUUGAAGGCAAUUGCAGAGAAAAUCAACCCUUCCUGGGAUGAGUUUUAUGUGGGAAAGGCUUUUUCCCUGCAGCGUUCGCUCUCAAAACUGGAAACCGCCUUCUCAAAAGUCCCCAUAUCUACACUCAAGUCAUUGCCGCGAUCGACUACCAGUCUGGAAAGGCCAGAGUCUAGACCCUGUCUACAACAAGACAAUCUAUCUGCAUCUCUUCCUGCAUCAUCAUCUUUAAGCAAUAGCAUCGCAGAUGCGGAGGAAAAUAGUCUUCCGCUCUUUUUUUCCGAGCCGAAGCUAUGUGCUGACAUUCAAUCGACGCACUAUUAUCACUCAGAGAUGGCCUUUAUUAGUGCCCUGACAGAGAUUUCAGAACGGCUUUUCCGCAUUCCAAAGUCGUCACGCCAAAAGGCCCUGCAGGCCGAACUGAGCCUGCUCAACCACAACCUACCCGCCAAUGUUUGUAUCCCAUUUUGGUGCUCUGAAUGCCUUCGAAAUUCGGCCGUUCCUCACGCACGUAUAUUGCGAAUCUGCCCCACAGAGGCGGUCGUACUGAAUUCUGCAGAACGUGUCCCCUUUAUGAUUCUUAUUGAAACGGAGAGCAACUGCACUUCUGAGUCUCCGCUUGAAGCGGACUCCUUUUCCUCUUCAUCUUCAUCUGAUGUGGAGCUUCUUAGAGACAAUGAGCCUUCCUACUCCAUGUUGAAUUCAACAAGCGCGUGCGAGUUUUACGACAAAAUGCGCACGGCUGCCAUUUUAUUGGCACAACUUCACCAAAUGACGCUUACAAAAAAUUUAAACCCGGCCACCAUAUCGACCAUUCGGUCGCGGAUCAUAAAGGAAAUGGAGUUACUCGACUUGCAAAAGCUAAAAUCGUCAUCUGAGGCCUCUGGCGCUGCUUCCUUCAUCAGCGUAGGGAACGAUAAGUGUCAAAACAUCGUAAAUGACUUGGCUCUUGUCAAAGACCAGAUGCUGCAUGAAGAUCCAUCAUACAAGAUGAAGCGGGUACAGCUUUCUUCGCCCUUUGGUGGGAGAUCCGGCUGGGCCCUUCAUUCCCUGAUUGUCAAAUCAUCUGCCGACUUGCGUCAAGAACUUCUUGCAGUCCAGAUCAUCAAAGAGAUGCUGUGCAUUUGGAAAGAUUCUUUGGAGCCCUCGGAAGAGGUGUGGCUCAAAUAUUCGAAACUGCCCUCGCCAGUGGAAAGGGAUUCCAUCGAGCCUUUAUCGGAAAAUCUCAUCCAUGCGGUUGAUUCAGAGCUCCAAUAUUGCAUCCUUGAAGAGGGAGAUGUAAAUGUUGAGGUGCCCAAUUAUCCCCAGUCCUAUACGUUAUUAACUUAUUUCAUCAAGGUAUCUUUACACAGGGGAGGCUCAAUCACAUUUAGACACAAUGGCAACAUUCUGAUCGAUAGUUCGGGACACCUUAUCCAUAUCGAUUUCGGGUUCAUGCUGUCCAAUUCACCGGGAUACGUGGGGUUUGAAUCGGCGCCAUUCAAAUUGCUCUCAGAAUGGGUUGAUAUUCUUGGAGGUGCCGAAUCGCCGCUUUUUCAAUACGAAUUCAGAGAUCGAUUUGUAAAGGCCUUUCUUGCCCUGCGAAAGCACUCGGAACGCAUCCUAUUGCUUGUGGAGAUGAUGAUGAAGGACUCUUCGCUUGCAUGCUUCUACUCUGGAGCUGACAUUGCCCUGUACCACCUCAGAGAACGGUUUGUCCUUUCCUACACAGACGCAGAGGUGGUAGAGUAUGUGGAAAAACUCAUUUCCGCCUCAUAUGACAACAUCUUUACAAAGCUGUAUGAUUCUUUCCAGUAUUACUCAAAUGGUAUCUUGUAA